CUGGCAGCGACAGUCAAUAGAAAAUCAGAGUGGGAGGAGCCAACAGCAGUUACACACCUACAUUACUUUGGUCAAGCACACAGCGGGAGCAUCACAGGCGCUGCGAGCGACUCUAUCUUCUCUCUGUGUCCAGGAAUCUUCACAUAAAUAAGAAUAAUCAUGUCUGACAGAAAGGCCGUGAUCAAAAAUGCGGACAUGUCCGAGGAGAUGCAGCAGGACGCUGUGGAGUGCGCCACGCAGGCGCUGGAGAAGUACAACAUCGAGAAGGACAUCGCUGCCUAUAUCAAGAAGGAGUUUGACAAAAAGUACAACCCCACCUGGCAUUGCAUCGUGGGAAGGAACUUCGGCAGUUACGUGACCCACGAGACCAAACAUUUCAUCUACUUCUACCUGGGUCAGGUGGCCAUCCUGCUCUUCAAAUCGGGCUGAGCGACAGCAACAUGAUUUAACAGACCAUUAACGAACUGACUGUACUGACGAGGCUAACCAUUCCUGUACUGGGACCUGCCUUCUCUCGGCUGCUUCUCCUUUCAUUCUGAUUAUUGUUUAGAAAACGGCCAUGUGAGAGGGAAAUGCCAUAAAGAAACAAUUGUAUUUAUUUUUGUUUUCUAUACAAGGUUUGAACGUUUUAUGUCACCUCCGUUUUUUUAAUUAAAGCAAAAUGGUUUGGCUGUU